AUGGGCCUUCUCUACACAGGUAGUCAUAGACGUUACCCCUUCCUGCUGCCGGGGAUUCGGCUGGGCUACCGUAUCCUGGACAGCUGUAAUCAGCACCCCUGGAGCCUGCGAGGGGCACUGUCCCUGGUGUCAGGGGGGAACAUCAGAUCACGGCCAUCUAGUGCCUGUCCUGUUUCUCUGGUCAUUGGUGAUGCAUCGUCCACUCAGACCAUCAUCCUGGCCAGGACCCUGGGGCCCCUCUCUGUGCCUGUGAUCAGUUACCAGGCCAGCUGUGGCUGUCUCAGUGACAAACAGGAGUUCCCUAACUUCUUCAGGACCAUCCCCAGUGAUGUCUACCAGGCCCUCACCAUGGCCCGGCUCACCUGGCUCUUGGGAUGGACCUGGGUCGGGGCUAUUGCUGUAGACAAUGACUACGGUCGUCUGGCCAUACAGGUGUUUGAGGAGGAGAUUCGGGGGACGGGGGUGUGCCUGGCGUUCUUUGAGACCCUCAACCGGGCGAACCUGGUGAGGGAUGUGAAGCGAGCAGCAGAUAUGGUCCAGGCCUCGACAGCGCGGGUGAUCCUGGUCUUCCUCUGGUACACUGACAUGGGGGCCUUACUCCUGGAGCUGGGGAGGAGAAACGUGACGGACAGGCAGUUUCUGGCCAGUGAGGCAUGGAACACCAGCGGACAACUCCUACGAAACCCCGCCCUCUUUAACGUCGCUCAGGGCGUCGUGGGUGUGGCUAUCCGCAGUGCACCUAUUCCUGUCUUUGAGGCCCACCUACGAAGUCUCAACCCCUCUCGUCGUCCCGGAGAUGUCCUGUUGAAGGAACUCUGGGAAACGGUGUUUGGUGGUGCAGAGACUCUGGAGGGGAUACAGAGCCCCUUCACAGACACCUCCCAGCUGAGAAUAACCUAUAACGUGUACCUGGCUGUGUAUGCUGCAGCCCACGCCCUCCACAGCCUGCUGUCCUGCCCCCAGAGACACAGCCCUACCUGGGGCAGCAGCUUCACCUCCCUUCCUUACAACAUCAGCCCAGCGGAGCUGUUACAGCACCUGAACCAAGUUAACUUCACCACUCCACUUGGGGAGCCGUUCUACUUCCGGGGUGCAGACGUCCCUGCUGUGUAUGACCUUGUGAACUUCAUGGGCAUCACCCUGACCACUGUUGCCGUGUGCGUCGCUGUGGCAACAGUGGCUGUGUUUGUGUUCUUUGUGUACCACGGCAACACCCCUCUGGUGCGGGCCAACAACUCAGAGCUGAGCUUCCUGCUUCUCCUCUCACUCAAGCUCUGCUUCCUGUGUUCAUUGGUGUUCAUUGGCCGUCCCUCUGUGUGGGCGUGUCGGAUCCGCCAGGCAGCAUUUGGGGUCAUCUUCGUUCUCUGCCUCUCCUGCCUCCUGGUCAAGACCAUCGUGGUUCUGGCUGUGUUCCGCUCAGCCAGGCCCGGUGCGGGGCAGCUGAUGAGGUGUUUUGGACCCGUUCAGCAGAGAGGGAGUGUCUUCCUCUUUACCAGUGUUCAGGUGAUCAUCUGUGCCGUGUGGCUGUCCAUGAGCCCUCCCCUGCCUUACCGUGACAUAGGCCUCAAGGGGUCAAAGGUCAUCCUGGAGUGUGAAGUGGGCUCUGUGGUUGGCUUCUCUCUAGUCCUGGGCUACAUCGGCCUGCUGGCCUCCCUCCGUCUCCUCUUAGCCUUCCUGGCCAGGAAACUCCCAGACAACUUCAACGAGGCCAAGUUCAUCACCUUCAGCAUGCUGAUCUUCUGUGCAGUGUGGAUCUCCUUCGUCCCUGCCUACAUCAGCUCUCCUGGUAGAUACUUAGACGCUGUGGAGAUAUUCGCCAUCUUAGCUUCCAGCUUUGGGUUACUGCUAUGCAUCUUCGCUCCGAAGUGUUACAUCAUCUUCCUGAGACCAGAGAGAAACACCAAGAAACACAUGAUGUCCAAAUAG